AUUCAGAUUCAGAAGUCAGAGGCAAUGCUUUCAGCUGGAGAAAUGUUAGUGUGUCUGUGCCCAGCUCCUGACCCAAGGAACAGAACAGUAAUGUUUCAAAUUUCCCAUCUUGGACUCAGAGCAGACUGCAAGACUUUCCAGAUGAAAUCAGUGAGGUCUGCUGAAUUGUGAAAGCAAGUCCAAGGAGUCUUUUUUGUAGGCUUGGAAGAACUUUGGCAGCUAGGGUGCCCAAGUGAAGUAACGUGUGCUAGCUGGAUGGAGACUGGAGAAGAGUAUUUGCCUAAGAAACAGCCCAUGAAGCAGCAGCACCAGUUGGAACAUGGGCAAUGGACAGGGCUGUUAGCUGUCUCUGGGCACCUGGUUCAGAUCUUGCUGCUUGUGCUGCUCCUAAUCUUGCCUUCCUGUGUAUUUCCUGCUCCAACUCCAGCAGAUGAGAGUGGCGAGAUAGUGGAGUGGCUGAUGCAGUAUGGAUACCUCCCUCCAGCUGAUCCAGUAACCGGCCAGCUGCAGACCUGGGAGGCUGUGACCAGCGCCAUCCGUGACAUGCAGCGCUUUGCAGGCAUUGCUGAGACAGGGAUUCCAGAUGAUGCCACGCUGGCUCUGAUCCGAAUGCCUCGCUGUUCUUUGCCUGACAUUAUCCCCGCCUUCCCAGAGAAGCUCCCUUUGAAGAGGAACAGGAGAAGAAAAAGGAGAAAGAGAAGAAAGAGUCGGAGCAGGCGGAAUGCCGGCUCAGUUUGGACCAAGAGGAAUAUCUCCUGGAAGGUGAAGACCUACCCACGAGUGGCCCGUCUUAGCCGAGAGACUAUGCGUGUAUUGAUGUAUUAUGCCCUGAAGGUGUGGGGUGAAGCCACACCUUUGAACUUCCAUGAGGUGGGCAGCCACACUGCAGACAUCUCUGUGGAAUUCCUCCAGCUUGACCAUCACGAUGGCUACCCUUUUGAUGGGCCAGGUGGGAUGGUGGCCCAUGCUUUCUUCCCUGGAGACCCCCAAAGAGCUGGCAGUGUCCACUUUGACAGUGAUGAAGAUUGGACAUUUCGUUCACCAGAUGACUUGGGAACUGACCUCUUUGCUGUGGCUAUUCAUGAGUUUGGGCACAGCCUUGGCUUAGCGCAUUCAUCCUCCAAGCACUCCAUCAUGCGCCCCUAUUACCAGGGACCAGUGGGAGACCCUUUGCAGUAUCAGCUGUACGCAGAUGAUCAGUCUGAAAUUCAGAAGCUUUAUGGAAGCAGAGUUCUUCAUUCCACAGAGAAGCCUGAGGUAACCUCACUGCUCCCAGAUCUGCUGUCCAUGCCACAUGAUUUCCCUGCUCUAAGGUCAGGGAAGGACUUCCCCGAUCGCUGUGCCUCCAAUGUUGACGCUGUUGCUCAGAUUAGAGGAGAAACUUUCUUUUUCAAAGGUCAAUAUUUCUGGCGUCUGACCCAAGGACGUCAUCUCACCUCUUUGCGCCCUGCCUUGAUCACGGGCUUCUGGCGAGGCCUCCCUUCCAGUCUCCACAAGGUAGAUGCUGUGUACGAGAGACACACAGAUCAUCGCAUCCUCUUCUUCAGUGGACCUCUCUACUGGGUAUUUAAAGACAAUGGUGUGGAAGAGGGCUACCCCCGCCUCAUCACAGACUUUGGGCUCCCACAGGGGGGUAUCGAUGGUGCCUUCUUCUGGCCGCUAGACAGGAAGACCUAUUUUUUCAAGGGAGAACUCCGCUGGUGCUAUGAUGAAGCCACAGGUCACAUGGAAGAGGGCCUCCCAGCUAACCAAACACCGUGGGGACAAUUCCCCACUUCGGUAGAUGCUGUGUUGAGUGAGAACGAUGGAAUGGUGUUUGUCUUUAAGGGUAGGGAGUACUGGAAGUAUGACCAGCACAGUCUCAAGCUGCAGACAGGCUACCCUCGUUCUAUAGCCGAGGACUGGCUGGAUUGCACAGGGGAACUGUACCCUCCCAGGAGCGUGCCCACCAGCCCCGCAUCUGGAGCUGAACUCCGACCAGACUUGAGGGGUCCACAGCUGGAGGUUGAGCACUGUGUGUGCUUUUGUUCUGCCUUUCAGGCACUCUAUUCUGCUAGGCUCAAUUAUCUGCUAGUAGCUCUCCUGACGUUACAAGGUUUUACCUAGGAAAGUCAAGCAUUUCCUGAGCCCUGCUCAACAAAGCAGCAUUUGUGCCACCUGCCAAAAAGGUCGCACUGCACAGACGGGGAAGGAAAAAGAAAACAGC